AUGGCGAAACGCAAGGCACCUGAAGAACUCUCCACUAAUUUGAAUACUAUCAAAGCUCGCAACCGCGUCUCCAACCUUACUGAAGAUGAGAAGGCUGUUCAUUUAGCACUCAAGGCUGACCAUGGCGAUCUGAGCUACUACUUAAAGAAGUUAUACAAGUCUGCAAAGUAUAUCGCUGCCUCUGCUGAAGACAAGACACGUCUACAGAAUGAAUUGAAGGUUGAGCGUAUUCGUGUUCGGACUGAAAAGGGCACCCAUGCAUCUUGCAUUGCGAAUCAGAAAGUCAAGAAUACUAGCGCCCCUUCUUCUUCUCCACAAGCCCCACCAUCUACUCCGCCACAACUUCUGUCUGAGCUUGCUGCAUUUGAGGGUAUCACCAGUAUCCCAAUCGAUGACGAUCAUAACAGCGAAUGGGAGGAUACUGAGGUUGAAGACGAUUUAGAGUUGGAGCUUAUGUUACGGCGCGACGAUAUUUUAAAUGACGAGGCUGUUCUACCAGAUGAGCUUUCUGAUGAAGAGAUCGCUAGCAUCCAGGCUCUCUUAACUCAAGCACGCAUUGAUGCCCAUGAAGAGUCCAAUUUCCGCAAGUGGCAACAUUUCUGGGAUAGCUGUAUCCGCUCAUAUACGAGAAAGGCUGGAAAGCUGAGAAAGAAGCCUGAGCAUCUCUUUGAAUAUAUGCCAUGGAUUGAUGUAGAAGAAGGCACUUUUCACAACGUUAUCCCACCACAUAAAUAUUUCUGUUUGUACGAGCAGGCAGUUUGGACAAACUUUACAGCUUGGAAGUUUGGAAAGUGGGCCCAAUUACCAGGACCUGCGCAGUGGUACCCAAAGUCUUACAAUCUUGUCGACAACGGAUGGUUACAAGUCUCCACUCAUAGUUCUAGCUUCAAAGAGGCGUUCUUACUUGUCUACUCUAAGAAAUUUGAUAAGGAAAAGUGGGCUAAGGUAUCAGCUGCACAGGAUAUGUUGUUUCUGGAGUUAGAGUAGAGGAGAGAAAUGGAGUAUUUGAUUUUCCGACGCGAAUAGGGGCUAUAGAGAUUUAAGUAUUUCAUCGUAGCCAGACUUCUGGUAAUCUUCUGAUAAUCAAACAAUUUGCUACUUGCCAAAUGUCAUCGCAAUAUUCAGAGUUGUUUGACUCUGACAAUCCUAUUUCUAAUAUAUUCUCAGACUCUCUUCCCUCUUCUCAACGACUACCUUCAUUAAAUCAAAUCCCUGCGGGCCUCGAAUAUACUGGCAAAUUAAACCAAUUCAUCAAAUGGACUAAGGAUACACACG